GCUAUGGAGGCGGCGGCGGUUGAUGGUUGACCGUUGGCUCCAGGGUAGGGGUCGCCGCUCGGGCGAUCCGCUCAGACCCGACCAGAGCGCGCCGGCUGCUGACGCUCGGCCUGGAGCCCGCGGGCGAGACCUAGCUCGGAUCCGCCAUGCCGGCGGGGAGUACCGAGUCGGACGGCGUCCUCCGCUAUCAGAGACCAGAUGAAGAAGCUGUGGUGGAUCAGGGGGGGACCAGCACAAUCCUCAACAUUCACUAUGAGAAAGAAGAGUUGGAAGGUCACAGAACUCUGUACGUGGGGGUUCGGAUGCCGCUGGGCCGGCAGAGCCAUCGGCACCACCGAGCCCAUGGCCAGAAGCACCGGAGACGAGGGCGGGGCAAAGGAGCCAGCCAGGGGGAGGAAGGCCCAGAGGCCCUGGCCCACGACACACCGUCUCAGCGUGUUCAGUUCAUUCUCGGCACCGAGGAAGAUGAAGAGCAUGUGCCUCACGAGCUGUUCACAGAGCUGGAUGAGAUCUGCGUGAAAGAGGGAGAGGAUGCCGAGUGGAAGGAGACAGCCAGGUGGCUGAAGUUUGAAGAAGAUGUUGAGGACGGAGGAGAACGCUGGAGCAAGCCUUAUGUGGCGACCCUUUCAUUGCACAGUCUCUUUGAGUUACGGAGCUGCCUUAUUAAUGGAACGGUCCUUCUGGACAUGCGUGCAAAUAGCAUAGAAGAAAUUUCAGACCUGAUCCUGGACCAGCAAGAACUGUCCAGUGACCUGAAUGACAGCAUUAGGGUUAAAGUACGGGAAGCCCUUCUCAAAAAGCAUCAUCAUCAGAAUGAAAAGAAGAGAAAUAACCUCAUUCCCAUUGUUCGCUCCUUUGCUGAGGCUGGCAAGAAGCAGUCUGAUCCACAUUCCAUGGAUAAGAAUGGUCAAACAGUGUCUCCUCAGUCUGUCCCAGCUACAAAUCUUGAAGUAAAAAAUGGAGUGAAUUGUGAACACAGCCCCGUGGAUUUAAGCAAGGUGGACCUUCAUUUCAUGAAAAAAAUCCCCACUGGGGCCGAGGCCUCGAACGUCCUGGUUGGGGAGGUGGAUUCUCUGGACCACCCCAUCGUUGCCUUUGUGAGGCUGUCUCCAGCUGUUCUUCUCUCAGGCCUGACAGAAGUGCCCAUCCCAACAAGAUUUUUGUUUAUCCUUCUGGGUCCAGUAGGGAAAGGUCAGCAGUACCAUGAGAUUGGCAGAUCCAUGGCCACCAUCAUGACAGAUGAGAUUUUUCAUGAUGUGGCAUAUAAGGCAAAAGAACGAGAUGAUCUCCUGGCGGGGAUUGACGAGUUUCUAGACCAGGUGACCGUGCUCCCUCCAGGGGAGUGGGACCCCUCCAUUAGAAUCGAGCCACCCAAAAACGUCCCUUCCCAGGAGAAAAGGAAAAUGCCUGGAGUCCCAAAUGGAAAUGUUUGCCACAUAGACCCAGAACCACAUGGGGGCCACAGCGGGCCAGAACUGCAGCGCACCGGGCGGCUGUUUGGGGGCUUGGUGCUGGACAUCAAACGGAAGGCCCCCUGGUACUGGAGCGACUACCGGGAUGCACUCAGCUUACAGUGUUUGGCCUCCUUUCUGUUCCUGUACUGUGCCUGCAUGUCACCUGUCAUCACCUUUGGGGGAUUGCUCGGAGAAGCCACUGAGGGACGCAUAAGUGCAAUUGAAUCCUUGUUUGGAGCCUCCAUGACCGGGAUCGCCUAUUCCUUGUUUGCGGGACAGGCUCUCACCAUCCUGGGAAGUACUGGGCCAGUGCUUGUGUUUGAAAAGAUUUUGUUCAAAUUCUGCAAAGACUAUGCUCUUUCAUACCUCUCCCUGCGAGCUUGUAUUGGGCUGUGGACCGCCUUCCUGUGCAUUGUCCUUGUGGCAACUGAUGCCAGUUCCCUUGUCUGCUACAUUACCCGCUUCACUGAAGAAGCAUUUGCCUCCCUGAUUUGCAUUAUUUUCAUCUAUGAAGCAAUAGAAAAGUUGAUUCACCUGGCGGAGACCUACCCCAUCCACAUGCACAGCCAGCUGGACCACCUUAGCCUGUAUUACUGCAGGUGUUCCCUCCCAGAGAAUCCAAACAAUCACACUCUGCAGUACUGGAAGGACCACAACAUCGUGACAGCAGAAGUCCACUGGGCUAACCUGACUGUUAGCGAAUGCCAGGAGAUGCAUGGAGAGUUCACGGGAUCUGCGUGUGGCCAUCACGGACCCUAUACUCCUGAUGUGCUCUUUUGGUCCUGCAUUCUCUUCUUCACCACCUUCAUCCUCUCGAGCACCUUAAAGACAUUUAAGACAAGCCGCUAUUUUCCAACCAGAGUGCGCUCCAUGGUGAGUGACUUUGCUGUUUUCCUUACUAUCUUCACAAUGGUGAUUAUUGACUUUUUGAUUGGAGUCCCGUCACCAAAGCUUCAAGUUCCCAGUGUGUUCAAGCCAACAAGGGAUGAUCGAGGGUGGAUUAUUAGUCCCAUCGGCCCCAACCCCUGGUGGACUGUGAUAGCUGCAGUUAUCCCAGCUCUUCUCUGCACUAUCUUAAUAUUCAUGGACCAGCAGAUCACAGCUGUCAUCAUUAACAGGAAGGAACACAAGCUUAAGAAAGGCUGUGGCUACCACCUGGACCUGCUGAUGGUGGCCAUCAUGCUGGGUGUCUGCUCCAUCAUGGGCCUACCCUGGUUUGUGGCUGCAACUGUCUUGUCCAUCACACACGUGAACAGCCUAAAACUGGAAUCUGAGUGCUCUGCUCCUGGGGAACAGCCCAAGUUCUUAGGCAUCCGAGAGCAAAGAGUGACAGGCCUUAUGAUCUUUGUGCUGAUGGGCUGCUCAGUCUUCAUGACGGCUAUAUUGAAGUUCAUCCCGAUGCCAGUACUCUAUGGCGUUUUCCUCUACAUGGGCGUUUCUUCUCUACAGGGAAUUCAGUUCUUUGACCGUCUGAAGCUCUUUGGGAUGCCUGCAAAGCACCAGCCAGACUUUAUCUACCUGCGGCACGUGCCACUGCGCAAGGUGCACCUCUUCACCCUCAUCCAGCUCACCUGCCUUGUCCUGCUCUGGGUCAUCAAGGCGUCUCCAGCUGCCAUUGUCUUUCCAAUGAUGGUUUUGGCCUUGGUCUUUGUCAGGAAAGUCAUGGAUCUCUGUUUCUCUAAGCGAGAGCUGAGCUGGUUAGAUGAUCUCAUGCCUGAAAGCAAAAAGAAGAAGUUGGACGAUGCCAAAAAGAAGGCCAAGGAGGAAGAGGAGGCAGAGAAAAUGUUAGAAAUGGGAGGAGACAAGUUCCCCUUAGAGAGCAGGAAGUUACUCAUUAGUCCUGGAAAGAGCAACAGUUUCAGAUGUGACCCCUCUGAGAUUAAUAUAUCUGAUGAAAUGCCUAAAACCACAGUCUGGAAAGCUCUCAGUAUGAAUUCUGGAAAUACAAAGGAAAAGAGUCUCUUCAACUAAAAGUCUUUGCUGGGAUGGAAGAUUUGGGCCAUGAGGUGCCUCAGGGAAGUUCUGGUCACAGAGAAGAUGGUGAAUCUCUCAGAGAAGAAGCAAGACCAAGUCUGGCCCCGUCCUUGGUCUCCUCAAAGCCAUGUGGAGCAUUCAGUUAUUCGUGGUGUGCAUUGCAGGACGUCCAGCUAUCCCAUACCACCAGCCAGUCACCAGACGCGAACGUGGAAGCAGAAGACCAACUCCUGUUGGUACUUCUCUUUCUUCUCUUUCUCUUCAGAACUGCCACCAUCGAAUACCCAGCUUCCCAUUUUCCAGACAUUUUCUCUGAAACUCUCUGCUGGCCUGCCAAGCCGUAUGGAUCCAUUCUGCCACUGAGGAUUCCUUCAGUGAGGGCUCUCUUCCUAAAAGAUGGGGUGGGGGAGUAGGAGGAGAGCAGGGAGAAAAGGGAACGCUCUCCAGUCCCAUAGUGUUUGCAGGCUGCUGGGCAGCCCUGGGCCUUGUUGGAUUGCCUACUCUAGGGGAUGCUGGUCAGACCCAGGGGCUGUCAGGAGGUUUGCUCAGUGACCUGGGCAUUGGCAGUGCCCACCACUACAGCCAGAAGAUGCUUCUGACCCGAGUGCGUCCUCAUUGCUCCCUAGCAGUAGCCUGCAUAAUUCAGUGAGAACCUUGGAUGAUGAAAGGGCCAAGAGGGACCCUGGAGUUGCUGAGCUUCAGCAGGAAGACGCUCAGGGGGAAAUCAAUCAUGAUAAGUGAGGAAGAGCAGCCUCUCUUGGUUUCCUUGAGGGUGGAGUAAGAGAAUGAGCUUAAAUUGCCACAGAAGGAAUUAGUUUAGACACCAGGAAGGACUUUCUUGCCUGAAGGUCUGUCGUAGUGUCUGCUUUCUAGAUCUCUGGGAAGGUUUGAUAAGAGUUGUUUGUGAGUAGAGAGGGAGGUAAGGUGUUUUUAUUGCCCUGUUGUGGAAACCUUCAUGUCUUGCUGCUGUCUCUUGAGGACACAGUCUGAUUCCAUUCCUGGAGAGAUCCAAGUGCUUGCGUAAUGUCUCCUUAGUUGCCUUAGUAGCGAACCAUCAAUGGACCAAAACCACCUCAGCCAUGUGGUUUCUUCAUCGUCAUGGAUUUCUUUUGGUUGACAAACGUUCUGCCUCUCAGAUGUGAAAAGCCACACUGGGAAAUUAACUGGAAGUGGUGAAAUUAAUUUUGGUAUUUAGUUUAAAACUGACUCAUAGUUAUUCUCUUCUCUUCUCUGUCACCAUGAAUAUCAAGGGUUUGGGCUCCACUGUACAUAGACUUUCUCUUCCUUUGUGCACAGAAUGUCAUUAGCAAGCAUGUCGGUACCCAGGGAAUCCGAUCUUAUCAGUUUUCCAUCCUGGAAAAUCUCUGUACAGUGGGACAUUCCCCCAAUGUGCUUUCCCUUCCUAGACGAAGAGUUGGCUAUAUCACUGUAUUGAAUUUUGCAUUCCUUAGACUCUUGAGACAUGUUAGUGUCUUACUCUAAAGAUCUUUGAUGUUGAAGGAACCCUGCGUUUCUUUCAUACUUCCCUAUCUCUUAGAGCCAUAACCAUUUUAAUACAGAGAUGAUUUUCAAAAUAUUUAACAACUGGUACAGGAGGGCCACCAACCACUCAGAACGGGUGCCUGCUGUAAACAAGCAGCGUGUGUGGCCUCACCGGUGCCUAUUGGCUGAACGUCAUGCUGUUUUCAGAUAUUCAAAUGAUAUCCCUUUGAAUUGCGGAUAUUUUUCCUGGUUUGUCUGAUUUCUACUCACAAGGCUGUUUUAGGGACAGCCGGCUUCCUCUCAUAUGGUGCAGACAGGAACAGGAAUGUGUCCUUUUUGAAGUAUAUGGGCAUUAAAAUCUUUGUGAGCCAAAGCUUCACAUUUUGUCACUUUAGCGUAAAUGUAGUAAUGGUACCCAUACCUACCUAAUUUAGAAAAAUAAAAGGCAACCUGUCAGUUAAAAAGCUUUCUUGCUGCCUUUCCUGUCUCUCUGGCUGCUUCCUUGAACUUGCCUCCUUUUUCAUCUUAUUUGUUCCCUGAGAACAUCCCCCCUUUCUUCCUCCAUCUUGCCGCUCCCAUCUUUUCCUGCCACCUCUGCAGAGGGAGGACGGUGGCUGCGUCCCCUGUUCCCCUAGCCUCAGCGUGGCGGUAAGGAAUGUAACGGAGAGUCCAUCAGUCAACAGAACUAGGUGACAAUAUCACUGUGUAGGCUGGGCUUCUUGAGAGAAGGGCGCCUGUCUUUGUGAACUCUGUGCGGUGUGGUUAUAGGACCACAUGUGCACUUUCCUGAGCCAGACCCUCCUAGGUCACUGCGCCUCAGGACCAUUAGCUGCUCUGGAAGGCUGUGCCAAGGCUUUUAGGCCAUUAGGUUUUUCUUAAACAGUAGCCAGCCUCAUUUUUGCUACAUCUCAGUGGUAGGAACCAUUCCCUCCCCUUACUCUCUCCUCUUUCCCAAGUCCCGUGAAGCACUCAGCCCCAGUGCUGGCUGCUUCCUUGCUCAGGUCUGUGGCUGUGACCAUGACGGCAGCGUUUGGGGUGGGAAACUGGGAGGCGAGGUGGAGCGGCAGCAGCAUUUGUGUAUGUGUGAGUGUGUGCACAUGCCUGUGUUUGUCCACAAACGAGAGUGUAUCUGUAAGAUUUCACUGCUGCUGCUAAGCAGCCUUGUGCACCUGAAGUGUGGGGGCAUCAGAAGAAUAUUACCGUUCUCCCUUCUGUGGUCUACCCCUUUCAGACUUCCCUGAUGGAAUAGCUUGAGGACAAAUAUAGGCAGAUUAGUCUAUAGAAAAAGGUGUUGAAGCUCAACAUUAAGGAGAAACUGAUUCAGGGGUGCAAAGAAAGGCUGGUAGGUGAUUUCUCUGCCCGGAUUUGCUUGGGCCCGAGAAGCGGUGCACCUCCGUGACAGGGGAGAUGGCAGGAACACUGAGGGGGGGCAGGCCAGUGCCCUGGUAGGCUGGCAGUGGGGGCAGGAAGGGGGCGAGGCCAGAGAUUUCAGAAAGUGAUGGUGAAUAGACUCUUGGUUCUGAGGGGAAGAACUGAUGCUGCUGAGUGGGCAGGUUACUUCCUAGCCCGUGACUUUUAGGGAGGGAUUGGUCUAGAGAGAAAGAAACGCCUGCAGAAAUACGCCGUGAAAUUACCGAAUAUGUUUGGUUGUGUAAAAUGCAGGCUAGCUCUUUGUGGCUGUAUGUGAUUUCAAACUUCUGGUGAUGAGACUCUCAAGAGAGUUGGUCUUUAUCACGUACAGCUCCCAGCCCCAUCUUCACAGAACUUUGCCUUUGGGGUAGAGGGGUAGGGAACCAUAUAUUUCCGAAAGAAAGUGUGCAUAGUUGCUAUUGCUCUUUGUCUGAGAUGUGACUGGCUUUUAAAUUAGUCGUAACUGUUUAAUAGAAGUCUGGUAUAUGCUAAGUCCCAGGCUUAGUUGACAACUCAGGCUGUGACAACCGUGACCUUUAAGAGGUCUCUGGUUCUGGAAAUCUGUGGUUUCCGAUUGUCCAGAACAGGCAGUUCCCAGUUCUACUUUGUUUUCUACCUGCUCAGUGCUCCGGACUUCCCUCUCAAUUGAGGAGUCGGUAAUUCUCCCUGCAUCUUCUCUGUUGAUUUCAGGGUCCGAUGCUCUGCGUCUCCCAAGAUUUCCUGAAGCAUCAGAGAAGCUUGACCACAGAGCCCCUGGCUUUCCUUUCAAAGCAGCAGACAUACUAUCUAGUAUGUUGUCUCUGCUCCUUUAUCAGCUUCUCUAAAUUUCUUCUUUUGCGAGAGUUAGCACCUCCUCCUAGGACUUUGAAGCAGUCUUUGCCAGUUUGUUACUGCAUUUUCCUCGAACUUCUCAGGUUUCCAGGCCACAUCCUGGCAGGACAUUAAGCAGCCCUGCGUUGGAUGUUCUCAGCGUUCUUGACUUCCUUUUGAUUGUAGCUGUUGGGCCUCCUGUAGGUAGAAAUCUUUCCUGCCAAAUGAGACAUCAGCCAGUUCCACCCCCUUUUACUGACUCAGCUUUUUCAAGCACCCUUUUCUCUCUUUUCUGCCUUUUCCUCAGUCUUUCAAGUUCUUCUUGGAAGGAAGAAGUUCUUGGUCAGAGGUCCUGGAAACCACCACCAGUUGGGGGUGGUGAGAGAGGUGAGGAGGGUGGAUGGUCCCGGGGCUUCUCGGAAAGGGGCCUUCACGGUUAUUUUCCUUAUUUAGGGAGAGGGAUUAAGGAUUCUCAAGCCCUGAGGCUUAUCCAUAUUUCAGUGUAAACAGAAAAAGACAUUCCAAAACCAAAUAGAAGUGAUUUUUCUACCAAAUCUAUUCUUUAUUAUUUGUGGUGCCCUUGGUCUCUGACAUUAAUUCUAGAGAUUGGGCAAUUGACGCAGUUAACAUUUCUUUACCAGAAAGAAGGCUAAUUUUCAUAAUUAAAAGAGGUGUGAAGUAACUCUUGAAUAUUUAUGCUCGAAGCAUAAAAAGAGGAAAGCACUGUUAUGUGGAUCUUUUCAAUAGGAAAAUUCAGAAAGUGGAAUGAUUCAUCCAUGGGGAUAAUUCUUUUAGGAGAUUCUGUGCUCAAAGGGAAUGGAAUGGCUUCUGAUCCUUCUGAAAAGAAAAGGAAUCGCCUUUUUCUUAAACCUAGCCCACUUUCAGCAUUGGAGAACACAGAACUUUUUCUUCUGGCUGCUGGUGUUAGUAUUUCCCGAGAGAGAGAGAGAGAGAGAGAGAGAGAGAGAGAGAGACAGAGAGACAGAGAGACAGAGAGACAGAGAGACAGAGAGAGAGAGAGAGAGAGAGAGAGAGAGAGAGAGAGAAGCCCCUGUGGCACUUUUCCGAGCCCAGCAGAGUCAGCAAAGCUUGGGCUUCUGUCAGCAGGUUUGCGGUUGAUCCCAACAUGCAGGUUUUCACACGUGCAAUCAUGUUGGGAACGGAAGAAUCAGCUGAAUGUGCAAGGAUUCCUUCUGCAAGAGGCCGAAGGCCUGCUCCUCACUCCUUUCUCCCAUAUUCCCUCCUCCAAGGUGAUGGGCUUCCUUCUUACUUGUCUGUGUCUGUCUGUCUGUCUGAGUGCUCAGAUGUGGCGCCCUCCCAAGCUAAUGGGUCAGGUGGAGAGCAAAGCAACUUUCCCACGGAAGGGGACAACUUGAGGUGCUGGUACAUUUCCCUUGUUUUCUAUGUUCUUCUUUCUAGUAGGUCUCAUGUAGAGAUGGAGAUAUUUUUGUUUUAGAGAUUCCAAAGUAUAUAUUUUUAGUGUAAGAAAUGUACCCUCUCCACACUCCUUGGUGUAAAUAGAACCGAGAACAAAUGUGUCGUUGUGAUAAUCCCAUAGCAGUCUGUGGUAGGAAUAGGACCCCUCUCCCUCACCGCCAGGUCUCAUGGUCUGUGUCUGUGAACCAGGGGAGGUGAUGGUGACACCUCCACCUGCCCAGACCUUCCUGUGCUCAAUGGGUGAAAAAUAAAGUCUGUGUAAACUGUGUA